AAAAAAACAUAUUCAAGCACCAUGUUAAAGUUGCAAGAUAAAGAGAAUUGUUAUUAAAAGAGUAGUACAAAAUUAAUGUCGUACUGAUUAUCCCUAAUUGUAAACACCUUGUCUUGUUAUUAUUUUAUCUCUUUCUCCUUUUCUUUUUUUAUUUUUCAUAUCAUGAAGGAGUCUUCAACAGUCUCGAGAAUAUUAAAAAUAGUCGGUACACUCUAUUUGGCGUGCUCUUUUCUGUACGCUACUUUGCACUUACUUGGCUUUGGCUGGUUCCAGACUUCCCUCUCAUCAUCAACAACACCUGCAAUGUCACUCAAGACGGAUUCACUCAGUGUAAACCAACUGCAACAAAAGUAUCAUUCUUUACAGUCAGUUUCAUGGACGAAUGCUGAAGGUAAAAAUAAAAAAAAUACAGAGAUAAAUGCUUGUAUUGACAUGUAACAGGUGGUUACAAUCAUACAAUUCCCGAGGACUUAGUGUUGAGUAAAGUUUUCUCGGACUCAAUGGGUCCAUCAAAAGUUAUUCCUUAUUAUUUUAGAGCCACUGAACACUUUGAUCAAGAAGAUGUGACUAUUGCCACUUUGGUCACUCAUAAUCGAUUUCCCGUCCUGAGUCGCUUGGCAACACGCUACAAAGGUCCUAUUUCAGUAGCUAUUCACAUCAAUGAUGAUCAUACUAAAGACGUAAUUCUAAACGACUUACACGAUAUGUACAAUGAUAAUCCAGAUGUGGGAAAAUACGUCGAUAUUCAUUUGGUAGUAGACAAAUUUGACAGACAAUUCAACAUGUGGAGAAAUGUUGCCAAAUUCUUUGCUCGUUCUGACUAUAUUAUGAUGUUGGAUGUCGACUUUCAUUUGUGUACAGAUUUCAGAGAAUCGCUUAGAAAAAAUCAGGAAUUAAUGGAUAUUCUUCGUACUGGAAAAGGGGCAAUUGUUGUACCAGCUUUUGAGUACAUCUUGGAAGAAGAUGGUGAAGACUGGCGUCUGUUUCCUAAAGACAAAGAAGCAUUGAUGAAUAUUGUGUUGGCUGAAAAGAUUGACAUGUUCCAUCUGGGUUGGACAAGAGGACAUGCCUCAACUGACUACAAGAAAUGGUAUAGAUCGUCUCAGCCUUAUAAGGUGACCGAUUAUAACUAUUCAUAUGAACCAUACGUUAUUUUCAAGAAGGAAGGCUCACCUUGGUGUGACGAACGUUUCGUGGGAUAUGGUGCCAAUAAGGCUGCCUGUCUUUAUGAAAUUUAUUUAGCAGGCAUUGAUUAUUGGGUGCUUCCUAAUGACUUUUUGAUCCACCAAACACAUCAUUACCCUGAAGAUACAAGAGCAAAAGAGCGUAAAUACAACAAGAAGCUUUAUGAUUACUUUCGAGAAGAAGCUUGUCUUCGUUACUCGCGUUUAAUGAUUUCAGCAGGUGUAUGGGAUACUCCUGUUGCCAAUAAUCUCAAGAAAGAAUGUGCAAAAAUCAAAGGUUUCCGAGAAAUUGUUGCUCGUGUUCAACAGUAAAAUGUAUAUUAACUUAGACACCCUUCUCUUUUUUUUAGAAAAAAAAUAAAAUGUAUAAUUAAUUGUUAAGACAA